AUGGACUUUACGACCAGUGGCUGGAGCACUCCACGGCGGUUCCCAACCAUCGAAACCAACUAUGGCAUCAACAGCGAGGUUUUGGCCAGGCGGACAGAGCGUCUCCUCUCGACAACCGACGGGCUUUCGCGCACACGACUCGAAGCCCGCCGUCUCGAGGACAAGGUGGCCAAGGUGGCAGCAAAAAAGUGCUCAGUGGAAGAGGUUUCUGCCCUCCACAAGGAGCUUGAGGACUGGUUGUUGGCGGAGAAGGACGACCAGACUUCGUCUCUCUACCUCAGCGCCGCCCUCCUGCGUGCCAUCCUCGUCAACCACAUGGCCCACGCCGAAGCCAGCAAAAGCGCAAAAGAGAAGGAGAGCUCGUACAAAAAGCAGAUCGCAGAGCUCGAACACAGUAACGAGAGACUCGAUUCGGAGUUACGCCGCCAACUCAAGUCUCUGGCCACAACCCUCGGCGCUUCCCCGACUCGCUUCCCUCAGUCGACCCCAAUCGUUGAGGAGCCCCCAUCGCCGCCAACUUCCCCUUCGCCCUAUUCGCCCGCACAGACGCCCAUCUCCCGGUUCCAUUCCCGCUCGGCUUCCAUGUCCUCCCGUCCCACAACGCCGGCCGCAACACCUAUGAUGCCCUCCCGCUCGCACACACCGGCCGUCGCCCCGUCCCCACCCCGGUCCCAUACGCGGUCCCUCCGCGCAUCCUCACAAACGCCUACGCCCUCGAUGCGCUCGUACACGCCGGGCCCUAACGUGCCUCCGGUCCCCUCCAUCCCCACCCGCUACGCCGCGACACCUACCCCAACUCGGUCAUACACACCCGCACCCUUGGUCCCACCCAAGCCUCGCCGGCUGUCCCAGUCUUCUCCCCCGAAGAUGGCCCGCUCCAUGUCGGAAGAGAAGGCCGAGGCACACGAGCGCUGGCUUCCUCCCGAACUCGCCAACGACCCCAGCAAGCUUCAGCGGGGCUUCUCGUCGUCCGCAUACGCCGCGUCCCGCCUACGCGACCUCAACUUGGGCACCAAGUCCCCCGCACCCUACUAA